AUGGCAGACGUAAACCCUCCCCCAACCGAGUACUUUGACAAGGAACUCGAGCCUCGGGCUGUCUCGAAUGGUGGAUUAGUUUCCCAUUAUCCAUCAGAACGUUUCACACAAGCCACAGGAAGCAUAGCUCUGGCUACCCGUUCUGGCUACAUCUCCGACGAGCCCCUCGAAAAUAGUAGCUCAUCAGGAGAGAGUACCUAUCUGGGGAGCCCAGCUGAUUCCAUCCACCCCUCCAAAGAAAACAUUGAGGAGAGGUCUACAGCCACCGUUCCCGAAAGGAAUACAUUCGACGACGCAUCCCAGGUUAACGGAGCACCGUUGGACCGUCUAGACAGCUGCGUGCACCAUCCUGUGAUCUUGCCAAGUGCAGGUGACGCCGCCUUCGUUGAUGGCAGUCGUCCUCAAUCUCGAGACUGCUCAGCAUCAGCAUCAUUGGAAGACAGCGAAGAAGAAGCGUUUGCUGAGAACGCAUGGCGCCUUGCUCGCGAUAGCAUUCGUCAUCCUUUGGAUAUCGCUGAUUCGCGAUACCAGCCGUCACCUCUUCCGAAUGCCCCUUCUGAUACCUUGACGAAACCAGAAGAGUCGGCAGAGACGCCUGUCCGGAAACCUUCUGUUGGAAGCUUCCACUCUAUUGUCAACCACAAUCAUCCCGAGCCUGCACAAAACGAGACCUCUGAGCUUUCAAACGAGGACGACGAGGUCUGGACUUGGCAAGUUUCUGACCCUGAACGUGUAAACGGCCUCGCUACCCAGACUGUUUUUUUCAAGACGAGGGCUGGCAAUCCUGUUAAGAUUGUCAACCAAUCAAAGCAGCCAUUCGUCAGUUGCCGGGGCCUCAGAGUUGUCAAUCCAGACACAACUCCAAACGAAGGAGCUGACUACGAAAGCUCUGACGAUCCUCAAGGAAAGCCAAGCUCCAACUCCCGCUUCUCCGGCUCGCUUAAGUUGAAUGGGCACGUGGGAAAAGUAGAGACAGAGAAGUCCUUUGGCAAGUCACAUACCCACCUGAACGGCAAGUCUUCUGUGCCUCCCACGCCAGUUUCCUUUCCAGGCAAGUUUGCCUCAGCAAGUUCUUCGAGAAUCUACAAGCCUACCAACACGCACUUAUCCUCAGAAGGUAACGGUUCAGCCUCGCAGCCCUACAGCCAAACAACUCCGAGCCUGGUCUCCGACAUUUCUUCAGAUUCCGACGGAAGUAGUUCCAACGACUCACUCGGUGCUCCUGUUGUUGCUGUUAUUUCAUCUGCAUCACAAGCGAACCCCGCAGAAAAGGACACAAAGCAGAAUCUCGGCAUCAAGACUGCAAGCCUUGAAAACCAGGUUGAAGGAACCCUUGAUCAACUCAGGACUGCUCGUUGGAGCCUCGGUCUGCUUUGGCGAACAUUUUUCGAGCUCCUGCGGAUGACUUUCAGCUUGACAUUGAGAAUCACUGCUUCAACUGCAAGAGGAGUUGGAGCAAUCUUUCAGUUUGACCUUCGUGCUUUUUCAUCGCUGCUCAAGAUUUGGCUUCAGUUUAGUCAGGUGGUGAUUCACACCUUCCUCGCUUCUACCCUGAUCGUUACUAUUGCCGUGGGUUUGUCGCUCCUCAGGACACGCUUCUUCGCUGCCUGCAAAGAAACUUUCUCCCGGGCAAUCGAAGCCUGGGACAGUGCAGUACCGAAGUUCCUGUCUCUGCGUUACUACGGUGCGUCUGCUUUGUCAGCAUGGCUUUCGACCCAGUUCAGUAUGCCUGCUCCCCCUCAACAAGACUUCCACGGCGCUCCAAUGGUGGAACAUUCCCAUCCUUGGACUCGUUCGGAACCCGAAUCAGAUCAUCGCAGCUCAAACAUCCGAUGGUUUUUCGGGAAACCGAAGUCUCAGCAGGUCAGCUUUCAGGAUACCUCUCUCAAACCGACUUACCUUCGAGUGACGACAACGCCAGAUAUCCCGUCGGCUACGCAGAGGCUGCAUCAGAGCGACUGCUCUCCUCGCAAGCAUACGGGAGAGAAGGCAAGCAAGCCCCGGGAGGUGUUGAGGAGCCGGGGAGUGAAGCCCACAGGGCGGCUGGCCCAAGGUCGGAUGAAAAUCUCUCAGGGGAUCGGAAGCAAAUCAGCAAGCUACUAGGUCUUCGCCGAAGGGACCUAUUAUCCAGUCGUCGACCAAAGAUAAGCUCUCCAAUUGGACCCGCUGUGCACAAUGGGAGGAUAAUGUCAACAGAUUCUACUGAUGCUGCUACUAUCAAAACGUCAUACUCGUUUCUUCCCAAAAAUCGACAGAGAACACCUCGUGGUUUGGGAAACAUCAAUCCGACAGACUCAGAAUCCGAUAUGCAUCCUCGAAGAGGUCUAUCAAAGUCCAGGACCCUGAACAGUGUCUUUUCCAGUAUCUCUGGUUCUCUUUCGCGCGGGUCUCUUGGGAGCUUUGGAGCCGGGAGCCGUAACGUGAGUGGCUCAUCUACAAGCACAACAGCAACUGCUUCUAUGACUCAACCACUUUUGUCGCUGCCGCGAAUCAUUAGCAGGGGAUCGAGUGGUGGGGGAUCGGAUGCAAAUAUCAUCAACGUUUCUACCAUUAUUUCGAACCCCCGCCUAGUAUCACAUCCGCAGCCAACAUCAUAUUGGGCCGGUCGUUUUCUCUCAUUGCAUGAUCGCUUCCACUCUGAACUUCUCUCUCCGUCAAAUCUUGAGAUGAUGGUGAAAGCUCAAGCAUCCUUGUCGACCCUUGACAACGAUAGCAGGAAGCCUGCUCCACACCGCGCAACAGUCACGUCGUCAUCCACAUUGCCUGACAUUUCGCUGCCCAUAAUGCCGCGGAAACUCUCCACUAAUCUGCCCCUCAGCUCUUCAACCAUUUUACUAUCGACGGAUACGCCAGCCGAGAAUCGCAACGACGAGUCUAUCGGCAAGGCAGCGCUUUUGGAGGAUGAGGAGAACCGGUGCAAGCGUAUUUUUCUGCAUCUCGAAAGUCUUUGUCUUACCCGAGAGGCGCGUGCAAGCUUACAUGCAUUCCAACAGCUGUACGCGCGCAAGAUGAGGAGGCCUGGUUUGCUUCCCGAUGGAGGCACCAUGGAAGAUCGAAGCCUUAUCUCUCGUCUUAUUGUUGGCGGGCGGAAAAUAAGUGGCAGCUCUGGGCCUGGGACCACAAGGGCAGCCGCUUUCAAGGACGAGGUUCCGACUUGCGAUGGGAUGCCUACUGUGUCUGGCUUGCGCGGCAAUCGAUUGAGUUUGAUGUGA